GGACACUGAUGGAGGCCAGAGGAGGGGAUUGGCAGGGAGGGUUGGAGGACACUGAAUGGAGGCCAUUGGAGGGAUUGGCAGGAGGGUUGGAGGACACUGAAUGAGGGCCAGUGGAGGGAUUGGCAGAGAGAGGGUGGAGGACCCUGAAUGGAGGCCAGUGGAGGGAUUGGCAGGGAGGUUGGAGGACACUGAAUGGAGGCCAGUGGAGGGAUUGGCAGAGAGGAGUUGAUGGUCGAGGAGACGGAGAGGGAGGGUGAGUUGCGAGGGGGAGACAGGGAUGGAAGUUGGAGGGAGGGCGGAGGGCGAGGAGGGACGGCGAGGGCGAGGGCGGAGGGAGACGGGGAGGGAGAGGGGCGAAGGGGACGGGAGAGGGUGGGGAGGGCGACGGGGGGAGGAGACGGAGGGGAGGGCGAGGGGCGAGGAGACGGGGGGAGGGGGGGGGAGGAGAGGGGGGAGGGGCGAGGGGCGGGGAGACGGGAGGGUGAUGGGCGAGGAGACGGAGGGUGAGGGGAGAGGGAGACGGGAGGGAGGCGGGCGAGGGGAGGGUGAGGUGGCGGAGACGGGAGGGGGUGAGGGGGAGGGGCGAGGAGACGGGAGGGUGAGGGGGAGAGGAGACGGGGAGGGUGAGAUGGGCGAGGAGACGGGAGGGUGAUGGGCGAGGAGACGGGAGGGGGGGGGAGGGGUAUAGUAUUAGAAUACAUGAGAGGUCAUUAACUGAAUGGAAGGGCCCAAGAACUGGACCUUGAGGGACCCUUCAGGGAGAGGAGGAGGACCCCCAAUGG